UAUCAUAAUUUUUUAAUGCAUUAAAGAGGGAAAAUAUCACAUAGUUAAACAAUUUAAGAGAUGUUUCAUGACCACCAGAGUGAAAUCAAAUACUGCUGAACUUUCGUGACAUUUCUGUAAUGAUGAUGUGACCUCAGAACUCAACCACAUCAUAGGAGCUUUGAAGCUUCCAGCAGUGUGUGUGUGUGUGUGUGUGUGUGUGUGUGUGUGUGUGUGUGUGUGUGUGUGUGAGUGUAACAUCCCACUGAGACAUAAAAGCCUGCAAAAGCUGGACAACAACUCUUCUUCCCUGUAACUGCAUUUGAGCUCUACACAACAAACCAAGUGUACUCUUGAGGUAAAUCUAGAGUUAUACUCAUAACCUACCAGACUUAAUUAUUCAUUCAUUAGACAGCACAAGUAAUAUACUGUAUGUUAUGUUCAGGUUCAUUUAAACACGUUUUUCAGAGUGUCAGUUUAUCGGUGAUGGACGCAUACUGCAGUAACAAUGUUCUUCAGGCCAGGAGAGCCGUGGAGCAGCUCAGACUAGAGACAGAACUACAGAGAGUCAAGAUAUCCGCAGCAGCAGCACAGCUGGUCCAGUACUGUCAGGAUCACCGGAGAGCAGAUCCACUGCUGACCGGCAUCGCCGCGUCCUCAAACCCGUUCAGAGACAAGAAGACGUGCGUGCUGCUGUGAAUAGCCCUG